AUGUCAUUAGCACCCAGGAAUCCAACCCGUGAUUCUACUAACAGAUCAAAACGCAGGAGGAGGAGAGAGCGUGAACAGACAUUUGAUUCAAUAAAUUCCCACACUGAAAGUGGUGUUGAUGUAGAAUACGAAGGUUUGGCCCGCCGUGUGAAUGACAUUCCUGUGGGGGAUUUGAGAAACUCCCCAAAAUUCAAUGUAGAUGAUGUCCCAAGGUUCCUGCCCGUAGGAUGCCUGAACUUUCUGAAACGAAAGGGUAUACUGCUAGGGGAAGGAACAUUUGGCAAAGUGUAUUUUGCCAAAGAAAAACAAUCAGAUUUGCCUGUCGCCGUAAAGGUCUUCAAAGAUCAAACUGACUUUGAUUUAGCAGUGAGAGAGGCAAGGAUAACUGCUGCCCUCUCAGAGAGUGGCAUAGGUCCGAAAUUUAUUGGGUUAGUGGACUUGAGCUCCGUCAAAUUUCUCAAAAAGGGCAUCAAGAAGAAAAAAUAUCACGCCUUAGGUAUGGUGACUCAGUUUAUUGGUGAUCCAGUGAAUCGCAAGACCAUAACCCUGAGUGAUGCACUAACAACGCUCCCCAAACAGGUCCAGGACAUUUCUCUCGUGAUUGACUGGCUACGCCUCUUCGUUAAGCUUGCCAUGAAACUCGCAAAGUUACACAAUCUUGGAUUCGUAUUUAAUGAUCUUCACGAUGACAAUGUGAUUUUGAGUGAACCGAUCGAUGAUAAUACAGACGUUUUUAUCAUCGAUUACGGCAAGGUUACGGUCAGUGGAUCUAGUUUCGGCUUCUCAUAUUACGUUGAUCCAUCGGAGAGAAAAAAACACGUGCUCCGUUAUCCUCAGCAUCCCCCGGAAUAUUUCGAGGGGAAGCCCUCCACAGCCUCGUCAGACGUGUACAGCUUUGGGGCUUUACUGAAAGCUGCCGAUAUGCCGAAGUGGCUGAACAUCACCGACUUGGUGGAUGACUGUCUCGCAGUGCAGCGGAGUGAGCGUCCUACCAUGGACGAGGUUGAAAAGAAACUGCGUCAGUGUCUGAAAACACUGCCAAUGCUUUUUAAACGGCGCUAG